CUACUCUCCUUGUUCAUUUGCUCAGCAAGAUAAACUAUUCCUCUGUUCUUUUCAUAAUUCCAAAAUGUUUGGCAGAAUUAAGCACGCUAUUCCCUCACUUUCCCAUUUUCUAUCGGCAAGAUCAAAACCAAAAUCUCCUCUUUCCUUCUCUAGUUACUCGUACCCAAGGGAGAUGUCUACUCAGGUCUUCCCCUCUAAUCCCGGUUCAAAUGAGACAAGAAUUGAAGGAAACAUGCCAACAGGAAUGAGCAGGCUGGGUACAAAUGUACAGCAUAAUAAGAGCCUAGGAUCUGAAACAGCUGAAACCCCUGAAUCUAAAGUCAUUCAAGUGGUGAAGGAGAAAUGGUUGUGGGAUAAGCCUCCAGCAGGGUUCUAUAAGGUUAAUGUAAUUAUCACAAGAAUGGGAGAUCGGUUUAUAGUAGCAUGUAUCAUCAGGGACGAGAAUGGAAUGCUAGUGGAUCCUCUUGGUCACAUUGUGGAGUUUCCUUAUAAAGAAGAAAAUGUUUGUCUGGUUGCAUUCCAAGCUAUGCAAGCAGGAGUGGCCUACUUCUUAAAGCGUGUACCAGGAAAGACAAAAUUAAUUGUUGAAUGUGACAAUAGGAAUGCUGUUAGUAUGUACGAGGAACUCAGGCCAGCAAUCCCAGUCAAAUUCAGAGAAACUUACUGGAGAAUAGCGGACCUAUCAGAUCAACUUGAAGAACUCAAAGCCCACUGGGUGCCUCAGGAAGUCAAUCAAUUGGCCGCUGUUUAUUCGUCUCAAAGAAAGAAUGGACUAGAGAUGGACCAAAUCAUCCAUGAUGAGAACUGGAAGACGAUUUGCGAGUCCAACAUGAAAGGUGAGGCUGUGGAAACAAAAACGAAGUUUGUGUAUCCUGGUCCCGAGUGGGACAUGAAAAAGGCUAUCCAGAAAAUGCGGGAGAAGUAUGCUAAGUUGGAGGCUAAUGCCAAAGAUCCUGAGCGGAAAGCUAAAUAUUCACAACACUAUGCACCUUCAACUUGAUGAUGACAACUUUUCAUUAGAGGUAUAGAGAGGAUGAGGAGAGUUGUCAAAAGACUCCUGGUUGAAACAGUUUCUGUGAUGGUAUGUAAAUUCUUAGGACUGGUUGCGAAUGAUUGAUAUAGCUCUAAUAAUGGGUUAUUGGCAUUUUCUUGUGUGGUCUCCCAUUGAUUACAAUGAGGAAGCACACUCAUUAAGAGGCAUUGAACAAGAAAAGCUCAAGCACACUUGUACAGAUUAUGCAGCAAUGGCUGGCUAGUAAUUUGCUUACUAUCUACCAUGACAAGAGAA